UAGAACCACGCGUUGGUACACGGAAUACGCAUUAAGCAGUCUGAACACAGAAUAUAGUGUCUAGUGUUUACUAUCAUUGCUCUAUAUCAUUUCGGCAUUCUUUGGUCUGUCGUGUUUAUUGAUCUCUAUUAAAUUAUUAUUUUAUUAAUAUAGUUUUUAUCAUAGUCUUAAAAUAAGUAAUAAGUUUUCAAAUUUAAAAAUUGAACUGCAUUUGUUACCCACAUGGAGUAAACCGAUUAUCUACUAGAUCAAUCGACUAUCAGAACAAUAUGGAGUUUACUGGCGAAGGAGAAAUAUUGAACAUUUGCUCAUCUUCUAAAGAAGAAGAAAAUCUAUUGACUGUAUCUACUGCAUUUUAUGAAUACGAAUUUGAAGACGACGAAGUUUUUUUAGACGAUUCUCAGAGUGCUGAAAUGGAAACAUCAGAAAUUACUACUGCGCGCGUUCGAAGAACAUCUGAUGUUAUAGACUGUGUUGGUGGUUCAAUGUCUCCCGCUCAAAUAAAACGACAUAGUUUUCCAUCAACAACCAGUGAAUCUGUGUAUUCUGCAACUUCUAAAGCUACUAACAUAAAGGAACUGAAUAAAUCUAGACAUAGCGAGAUCACAACAGAAUCUCUUGAUCUGGGUUAUAGUAGCCCUGGUGCUCAGUCAUUGGGUCGAUCUUGGUUUAGAUAUAGUACAAGCAAUGAUGCAGAUUCAAUUGAUGCUAAACCAACUAAUGCCACUAUUGAACAGCAAACACCAAAUCCUUCAUGUGCUGCUAAUAAAUUAAAUUUUGGUUAUAAAAAGCCCAAUGAUGUUACCAAAAUGCCUGUAGCUAAAGAUGCUACAAAUUAUAACAUGGAUCAUGAAUUUAGAGGAGUUGCAGUUAUUAUCAAUAAUGAUAUUUUUGAGGGCCCUGCCCAAAGUUUGCCAGAACGCAGUGGAUCAUGGAAAGAUGUGGAGGAGCUUAAAAUAAUGUUUUAUCGUUUAUAUUUUCGUGUUAUAAUUUGGAAUAAUUUAAGCCAUGAGGAUAUUGAAUACCGCAUAAAUAAAUUGUCCUCAGCUGACCAUUCAGAUAAUGAUUGUCUAUGUGUGGUUGUGUUAACACAUGGGAUAAAUUCUUCAUUUAUUUAUGCUAAAGACAAUCCAUACCCAGUUGAGUCUUUGUGGAGCAGUUUUACUGCAGAUAGAUGCUCUACAUUAGCUGGGAAACCAAAAAUAUUUUUUAUUCAGGCAUGCCGUGGAGAAAAACUUGAUUCUGGUAUAACCCUCAGAAGAGAGACAAAAACUGAAGUUGAUUCAUCAACUGCUGCCUACAAAAUUCCAAAACAUGCAGAUUUUUUAAUUGCAUUCAGUACUUAUGAUGGUUAUUACUCGUUCAGGCAUCCAGAGAAUGGCACUUGGUUUAUUCAAAGUCUUUGCACUGAACUCAAUAAACAUGAACCAGGCUCAAUUGAUUUGUUAGCAAUAAUGACUCGUGUAUCUAGAAGAGUUGCUUUGGACCAUGAGUCCUAUAAUCCAGAAUAUCCUUGGCUGCAUAAGCAAAAACAAAUACCUACUAUACAUUCCAUGCUUAUCAGAGACGUGUUUUUUAAACCCAAAAAAAAACCACCUCCUGAACCUGAAGUUGUUAUGUAACAAA